AUGGUGUACGCCACGCUGCUGAGCGAGGAGGAUCUGAGUCGCUUCAGGACGAAGCAGUGCAAACGGCUGCUGAACGGAGGAUGCAACUUUGGCAUAGACAGAUGCCAGUACAGCCACAACGAAUUUUGGAACAGGCGGUGCCCAUUCUACUUGAGCGAUUCGUCUUUCAUUCGCUACAUAACAAUCAUGUGUCCAGAUGUGGAGACCAAGGCUGAUGGUUCCAUCAACAGUCUUUGUCUUCGAGGAGGAGAAUGCCCUUUUGCUCACUCAGCAGAAGAAAUUCUGUACCACCCGUUGUAUUAUAAAACGAAACGAUGUGAAGAUUAUAAAAAAGGAUCCUGCAACACGUACUACUGUCCCUUUAUUCAUGGAUUAGCAGAGACGAGAAUUCCAGGGACAUAUAAAUUGCCAUUCACAAAUGGAAUAAGCAUUCCCAACAUCCCCAACGUAAUCAUCGUGGAUAAAAUUGACAUCACAAAUAAGGCAAAUGGAAAUGGAAACGCAAAUGGAAGUGUAAAUGGUGGCGACAGAUAUAUGAAGAACGCCCUCUCGGCUAAGAAGCGCAAUGAUCUGAAGCUAGUGGACCACCUGAAAAUUUUAGACAAUGCACAAUUUUCUAAAAUGAAUAAUUGCAUGAUGGCUACUCCAUACUCCACCAUUGAUUCCAUCCCUCAUAACAACACAGAUGUAUACAAAAGCAACUCUGGAAAAAAACUGACUCUCUCCUUUAGCCACACUUUAAUGAAUAAUUCAUCAGAGGAAGAUUUAAAGAAGAAUCGCAUAACAUUUAGUGAGGAAAAUACCAUGGACCAUUUUUUUCCUACCUGCUCUAAAGGAGAAUUGAGUCACCCAAUUAGUUCCUUUGCCAAUUUUAACAAGCACGUCAUGAUGGGGGUUCAGAAUCAUGGGGCAAGUACAGAGAUGGGAAAAUCCUCCACAAAUGGCUUAUCCUUUACUCAAUAUAGCGAAUUCGUGGCGGGUGGUGGUACCUUGGCCAAAAAUGAGAAUCGGCCAUUGGGCAAGUUUAGCAUGUCGACACAAAACACGGAUGCACAGCACCCCAGCAACAAUUGGAACAAACAUUUUAACAUGCUCAAGAUGAAGCAGAAUUACUCUAGCUGUAGUACUGCUGUUCACGAAAUUAACUUCAACGAACAUGACAUGACAAGCGACGAAGUGGUAGAGGACGAUGAGGAGGAUCUAGACAAUUAUCUCAUGAACACGCUGCUACCGCAUGGAGGUGAGGAUUCCGUGGGGGUGCGCAGUGGGAACGGAGACGAGAUUGGUGAUGGCAAGGCGCACUACAACUACCACUGCAACUGUAGCAGUUCGAGCAAGGAACGGAAUGACGACGGAAGCGUCCAUCAUAAGCCGGGCUGUAUCGCACACCACGCAGACGAAGAACAAAACACCAGCGAAGUCAACCUGUUAGAAAUUAUCAGAUGUCUGAAAAAUUUAUACGAGCGUAUCAUGAAAGGCAAUUUAGUCUUCUCCCCAGAGCAGUGGGAUAACAUUGCUAAAAUCACCUACGAAAUUGUCCGUGUGGUUGAAUUCAACAGAGUUUUAAAAUUGAAGAGAACCACUGAUAAGAUGAAGAACGACAUAUGUAACAUGAACAAGCAAUUCUCUUUUGAUUGGUCUAAGAUGAUGGACAUGGGGAAGGAAGGGGUGAAGGGCUCCGCUGCGACAUUAGAAAUGAAUGCGCUUGUGGACGAACCGUAUGGAAAGGAUGAAACUAGUGCAAAUGAACAGGUGGAGAAGAAAGACGAAGAAAUUUCACCAACGAUGAAGGAGGAAAACAUUAACGAUACGAUUCAAAUUGGCAAUUCAAAUGAGGCAGUAUUGGACAAAAUGAAAGUCCACUUAGAGAGCAAAAGGGAAGACCUACCCGAUGCAAACAGCGCGGACGCUGCGGAGGACAACUACAUGAUGAUGUAUUUGUAUCAGGGCCAGCAGCCAGAGAAUUACCCAAUUGGUAAGAACGACAUGGAUCUGUUUAAUGUGAAGAGGAAAAUUUUAGCUCACCAGUUAAGUGGGAUAGCCAACAGGAGCAAUAACGAAAUGGAUAGCUCGAACGGUGAAGUGGAUAACAACAAUAACGACGGAGAAAAUGCCAAAGACGAUCCUCACUUUUUGGACUAUUACAACCUAAACAAAGGUAAUUUGAACUUUGCAGAAGCGAAAGAAAACCCAGAUAAAAUUUUGUCGCAGCAGCCAUUCAUGUCUUUCUUUUCGUUUCUUUCCGAAUGA